AUGACCAAGACGACGACGACGACGACGACGACGACGACGAAAACGACCAAGAAGCUCGCGCUCGCGAUGAAGAAGACCAUGAUGAAAGGCGGCAUGGGAAGGGGAAAGACAGCGACCGGCGCUCCCCCGUCUCCAAAGUGGAAAUUGAUGAUGCCCAAAGGACGACUUCCGACGUCGCUGCUGGUCAUUCGCCGACCUUCCUGCGACGGUCGUCAGAUCAUAGCUUUCGUGACCAAGAUCAAGCUUCUCGACAUCGACGACUAUCCCACCAUCGCACAACAGCGCCAUAGGGUCCCGUACUUUCGCUAUUUCGGGCCAACGGCCAUCGUGCCGGGCUACAAACAGAUGGUUGUCUCCGUCCGGGACAGGAGGCGGAGCACAGGAGGCUCAGUCGGUGCUACGUCGCCAAGCUCCGGUUCCAGUGUGGUUCAGCCCAUGGGCAUGGCCCUCUCAGCUAUGCCUCCACACGGCGACGAGGUUGCUACAGACGCGGAGCUGCCCGUAUACGAUGCCAACGACCCUGCGCCCGUCCACCCUCUAAUUAUACACCUAGUGAAGACCUUUUUCUUACACCUGGGCUGCAACUAUCCCUUUUUGAAAGAGGAAAGGUUCGUUCGCAUGGUCAGGGAAAAGAGGGUUGAACCAAUUCUUGUCGAUGCUGUAUGUGCACUUGCUGCUCGGUUCUCCGACUCGGCACAACUUGGACAUAGCAAGGCCGAGGAAGCGUCACACGCAGAGCAAGGCCAGCACUACGCCCAGAGAGCCAAGGCUGCGACAGUCGAUACCUUCCCCUGCCCAUCCGUAGGUGCUGUCCAAGCGCUCCUGAUGAUGGCCUACGAGGGUUUCGGUGCGGACCAGGACAGCGCUCUAUGGAUGUACUUGGGUCUCGCCAUCCGCAUGGCCGUAGACCUUGGCUUGCAGAAAAUGGUGGGUGUGAGGUACCGAGGUGAAAGAGACCCUUGGUAUACUCGUCAUGGCGGCCAGGCAAGCAGUGAUGGCGGAGCGGACGAAGAGCCACAAGAAGACGAAAAUGGCCUCACUCAUGAGGAGCAGCUCGAGGUCGAGCAGGAGCGCACCGAUACAUUCUGGGCUGUCUUCAUCCUCGAUAGGGUCAUUUCUUCUGGCACUGGCAGACCCGUGACCAUACGUGACGAUGAUUUUGAAUUGGCUCUACCAGAGCCAACACUCGACCCGGCCUCGGGAUGGCCCGCCCCUUUCCCCGUCUUCAUCCAGAUCAUUCACCUUUACGGCCGCGUUUCUGACGUCUUGAAUAACAUCCGCAACGCCAAGGACAUCACCCAGGAGAAGUGGACCAAAUUGGCCCGCAUGGAGCACGAGUUGACAAAGCUUUAUCAAAAGCAGGAUCCCCGGCUUCACUUCAGCGUCUCCAACUUCAAGACAUAUUUGAAGUUGGGUCAAGGGACCAACUUUAUCCUUUUACACUUUUGGUUCCACGCGCUCAUCAUCAUACUGCACCAACCCACUCUCUUGACACCUUUUGGCUCGUUGAGCCGCACUCACCAACUGCUACCCAACAGUCGUGAGCUGUCCAUGUCCAGCGCCAAAACCAUCGCUGAUAUCCUAGCCUUCGCUGAACUCAUUGAUCCAAAGAGUUUCAUCGGUAAUCCGUUCACGUCCCAGCCCAUGUACAUCGCCGCCUGCGCCUUUCUCAUGGAAUCCAUUGCCAAUGCUUCGAACCCUACAUCGCGAGAGACAUCUCCCCCGGCCGAGCUCAAGACGGAAGGCCAGAAGCAGAAGCCGUCGUCGCAUGAACACAGGCCAUCCACAAAACACUCCCUUUUGGCUUCCGCCGCCAACCAGAAUUACUCCCGCUGUUACAAGUCUCUGCAACAGUUGCACAAGUAUUGGGGCGGCGUUAAGUACAUUCUCACGGCACUUGAUCAAAAGUCCAAGGGCAUCUGGGAUUGCGAGACAUACACCAACGAGGAAUACGAAAGCACCAGAUUGCCUCGCCGCGGUUCCAUCGGCGGCCAAUUCCCACUUCCUACCUCGCCCAAUAUGCCGCCUAUCGCAUGGUCUUUGACGGGCACGACGAACUCGCCCAACUCGAGCCUUACGCUCAUGUAUCAGAACAUGCAUGCCGGGACAUCUAGCCACUACAACUUUGCACAGCCGCAGGCAUCUAAUGCCCCUACUUCUGCGCCUACGCCUCCCGGCAACAUGAUCUACGACCCGAUCCGACAAAGUCUUCCAGAAGCAGCGCCUCACUCCAUCUUCGCUACCGCCUAUCCGCAACCGGUAAUGUCUGCCAUGCGCCACUCGUCCCGGCAGCACCCACACCAGCGGCCGUCAACGUCGUCGAUGGAUAGCCCACACGGGCAAGGGCGAGGACACAUACGGUUUGAUGGGAUCCAUGACGAGGAGACAUCGUCUCCUGUAGGUAAUGCUGGCUCGAUGCUUACAGCGUCUUCUGCUCCACAGCAAACAGCAUCUUUCACACCGUCGUCUCACAACUCGACCAAUUACGAGCAUCACAUGAUGCCAUCCGCCUCUCCGUCUGGCAAUAUGCAUGAUGCAACAUCGCAACAGCAUCAUAACGGACAGCAUAUUGCGUUCGACCCGACAUAUGCAAAUGCAACCUACUCGUAUCUCGGCCAUGGCAUGGGCCCUAUCACGGAUGUCAUCACUUUCGAGAAUCCGAUUGACAUAGGCGCGUUGGGCCUGCCGAAUGAAAUGAUGCCGCCGUGGUUGGAGUACUUGCCUGGCGAUGUCCUGGGUCUCUUUGAGAACAACGGCAUGGACCCAGGCUCUUAG